AUUGGCGGAGCGGGAUGUGAGGGGGACUGCUGAUUGGCGGAGCUGGUUGUGAGAGGAAUGUAGUGUGCGGCUUCCAACUUCCGGGUGAAGUUUGUUUUGGUAUCUGGGGAUCGUGCCCUACGGGCGGUUCUAGUGCUAAGUAGCUGACGGGCCUAGAUUUCCCCGCUGACGUCGGCGGGACACGAGGAGGAGAGGAGAUACGGCAGGUCACGUGAUCACUGGGAGCCGCCGUGAGAUACGGCGAAGGAGGGAUGGCUCUUGCAAAUAGCAACCCAGUUAAGGAUUUGCAAGAUGAAGUCACCUGUGCUAUAUGCCUGGAUCAUUUCAAAGACCCCGUUUCGAUAGAAUGUGGUCACUGCUUUUGCAGAGCCUGCAUCGUCCAAACAUGGAGAGGUAUUCGGACCAAUUUUCCUUGUCCUCAGUGUCGAAAGACAUCCAAGUGUAAAUUUUUGAGACCAAACCGUCUUCUGGAGAAUGUAGUGGACAUUUCUAACCGUCUGCUUUUUACUAAAGAGAAAGAGGAAUGUAUAAAGCAUUGUAAAAAACACCAGGAGCCACUAAAGUUUUAUUGCCAAGUUGAUGCAGAAGAAAUUUGCGUGAUAUGCAGGGAGUCUGUGGACCACAGGAGCCAUGUUGUAUUGCCAGUAGAGGAAACGACCACAGAAUUUAAGAUUGACAUUCAGGAACGCCUGAAAGCAUUGAGGAGUACAGCUGCAGAUAUAAAAAAAAUCAAAGAUGAAGAAGAGAAGACCGCUUGUAAACUUCAGGAUGAAAUUGUGCAGAAACUUAAAAUGGUGGCUUCAGAAUUUGAAGCAUUACGACAGCUUUUAGCUGAUCAAGAAAAACACAUUACCCAUCGCUUGGAAAACAUGCAAAAAACUGUUAUGCAGAAACAUAAAGACAGAAUUUCCCAGCUAAAUGCACAGCUGUCAUCCACUCAGAAAACAAUUCAUGACCUUGAAAACCAUGCUGGUGCUUUUUGCCAGGAAUUGAAAGCUUCUUCAGCCAGAUCCAAUUUUGAAUUUGCACAUCUUCAAUCCAGAGACGGAACAUGCAGCCAGCCUCAGAGGAGCAAGUCUCAGCCGGACUUUCACAAAGCCAAAGCUGUUCCAUUAUCCUUUGACCUUAAAACAAUCAAUCAAAAUCUUCUGGUUACCUGCAAUCGAAAAUGUGUCAAAUAUGUAGAAGAUCCAAUAAGUCGGUUUCCAUGCGUCGAAAGGUUUGACUCCAAGCCUUGUGUUUUGGCUAAUGCUGGAUUCAGAUCGGGGAGAUAUUACUGGGAAGUGGAAGUGGGAGGUGGCAUAUAUUGGACUAUCGGGGUUGCUAAAUCGUCCGUACGCCGCAAAGGCUCAUUUAGAAUUGAGCCCAGUGGUGGCAUAUGGGCAAUUGGUCUACUUGGCAUGUAUAUGGAUCGAUACUAUGCCUUCACCAAUCCUGAUACCCUCUUAAAUCCUCAGGCCCACCCUGAAAGGAUUGGUGUCUACCUAAACUGUGAUGAAGGCUGUGUUUCUUUUUACAAUGCUGCCCACUUUGAGCACCUUUUCACAUUCAAAUCUCUCCAGGUUCAUGAUAAAAUAUACCCAUUUUUUUGCGUGGGGGCUGUGGGAACAGAAUUGAGACUUGACGAUGAAUAGAUUUCCACAUUUUUUUUUUUUUACUUGCUGUAUGUGCCAACAUACCAAAGAUGCUAUUUUUUUCCAUAUUUUUCCACUUGUGUGGCAAUGGUCUUUAUGUAAAAAACAUAACUUUUAAAAUAUUAUACAUGUUAAUGGAUUCUAUGGUUUUUAACAAUUUUUUUUUUUUUGUAUUUUAAAUUUAGAGUGAAGUAUUACUGUAUUGUACAUUUGUAAAGCCUAAGUUUACCUAAAACAAAAAAUAGAACAUCAGGACAAGGGAUAUUGCUUGUCAUCAGUGAGAUGUGUCCCUUGUGCUGCAGUGUCCUUUUGCUGAAAUCUUCCUCCUCCGAUAAACCCCCUUCCACCGCAGCCAUAAGCUUCCCUUGCAGUGGGCAUUAAAAGAACUAGGGGUCUUUGACAGGCACCCAUCUAGAUUACCCUACUAUGUCUGCCCUUUCUGCCCAGCUCAUCCAUUUUAUAGAAACUGUACUGCAGUAAAACAAGAUUUAUGACUGGAAGACAGGCGGUUGAUUGAUAGGUCAGCCCCCUCCAUUCAUGGAGCUAUAGUACAGUUGUGUUCAAUAUAAUAACAGUCCAACAUCUCUAACCAGAUCAAUCACUGUUUUUGGUGUAAAUUAUAUUUCUACAUGGCAAAUUUACUAGUAGGUGUAGUAGAGUAAUAAAAAACCAACAGUCAUGACAUGCUGCUGAAUCUGUGUAAUUGAAUCAUUAAUUGAAAGGGGCGUGUUCAAAAUAAUAGCAGUGUGGAGUUCAAUUAAUGAGGUCAUUCAGUCUUUAAAAAAAACAGGUGGCCCUUAUUUAAGGAGGAAGGCAGGAAAUGUUGUAUGUGCUGUGUAUAGUGCAUUUCUCCCGAGGGCUUUCACACUGGAGCGGUACGCUGGCAGGGCAACAGAAAAAGUCCUGCCAGCAGCUUCUUUGGAGCGGUGAGCUCAACGCUCCUAAUGCGCUCCUGCCCAUUGAAAUCAAUAGGCAGCGCCGCCAUACCGCUGGCAAAACGCAGCUGUGGCAGCGGUUUGAACCCUUUUUCGGCCGCUAGCGGGGGGUUAAAAGCGUUCCGCUAGCGGCCGAAUAGCGCCGCAAGUCCAACGGUAAAGCGCCGCUUAAAAUAGAGGCAUUUUACUGCAGACGCUAGGUGCGGCACAGUCUGAAAGGGCUCUAAGGAUUUUGAACUUUACUCACUUUUUUUAAACACACUGCUAUUAUUUUUAACACAAAUGUAUCGAUCAUUGAAGGAGCUGGGUGAAAAGGGUGGGCAUAGUGAUGAGUGCCUGCUACAGCUUCUUAGUUCUAACACCAUGGAAGAUUACAGGGAUGGGGCAUCAGAGGCUGAAGAUUUUGGGCCCAAGGAGGACAGCAGCACAGGGACACAUUUCACUAAAGAGAAGUAAUGUGCCUUGAACUGUGUUUUUUUUCCCCCUGUUAUAGGUAAAUAGAUUAGCUAAUAUAAGAUUUAAUAAUAUUCUUUAUGUUCACUAUAAAUGUAUAAUUUGUUAUUGUUUUAUCCAUCUUACUGCCAUUUUAAUAUUGUAGCAACAAAAUAAGAACUGCCUGUAAAUUUCCUAGCUGUAUGUAGGUUACCAUACGUGUCUAUUCCUUUACAUAUCUACAUUAUCUGCUUGUUUUUACUGUGUGAAGUCAUAGUAUGUUUGCACCUUAAAUUUUAUGAAAAUCGAUUAAGGUCAUUUGGUAAAACAUAAAAAAAUGUAUGUGACCUUACACUAAACUAAAUGAUCUGCCUCAUUUUAACCCA